GGUGCACCUGUGACCCCGAGCCAUGUCCUGCUGCCAGCCCUGCGACCCUUGCUGCCAGCCCUGCGGCCCCUGCCCGCUGGCCAGCAGCUGCAAUGAGUGCUGUGUCAGGCAGUGCCAGAGCUCCCACGUUGUCAUUGAGCCGCCUGCUGUGCUGGUGACCCUGCCCGGCCCCAUCCUCAGCUCCUCCCCACAGAACACCGCCGUGGGAUCCUCCACCUCCGCUGCUGUUGGCAACAUCCUCAGCUGUGGCGGAGUGCCCAUCAGCUCCGGGGGCUUUGACAUCUCCUGCAUCACCAACUGCUAUGGUGGCAGCAGAUGCUGUCGUCCCUGCUAA